GCCCUGAGCGGCGUUGCUGGUGCGACCGAAGGGGAGGGAAGAUGGCGGCCGGCGGCAAGGCCUCCUCCGCCUCCUCCUCCUCUUCCUCCUCCUCCUCUUCGUCCGCCUCGUCCUCGGCCGCGGCCCCGUCGUCGUCCGGCACGGCGGCCUUCACGGCGUCCUCGCCGCCGCCGCCCUCCUCCUCGUCGUCGUCGUCGUGGUCGGGGCUGGAGGCGUCGCUGGACAGGAAGCUGCAGGCGCUGAGCAACACCAUGGAGUCCAUCCAGGGCCUCUCCUCCUGGUGCCUGGAGAACAAGCGCCACCACGCCGCCAUCGCCCGCCGAUGGAUCCACUGGAUGCGCCGCUCCGCCUUCGCUCACCGACUGAACCUCUUCUACUUGGCCAACGACGUCAUACAAAACUGCAAGAGAAAAAACGCCAUCGUCUUUCGCGACACGUUUGCCGAAGUGCUGCCUGAAGCCGCCGCUUUGGUGAAAGAUCCAUCCGUCUCCAAGUCUAUCGAGAGGAUUUUUAAAAUAUGGGAAGACAGAAAUGUGUAUCCAGAAGAAACCAUUGUCGUUCUAAAAGAAGCUUUAAGUUCCACUUUCAAAUCCCAGAAGCAGCAGAAAGAAACUCAGAGCAAACAGCCAACUAAGUCUUGGAAGAAAUCUCAAACCUCUACCAAUCCGAAGGCAGCAUUAAAAUCCAAGAUCGUGGCAGAGUUUCGGCCGCAGUCGCUGGUGGAUGAGCUCCUCUCCCACAAGCUCUCGGAAGACCAGAUCGAGCUGAAGGAGAAGCAGCUGUCCACCAUGAGGGUGGACGUUUGCAGCACCGAGACCCUGAAAUGCUUAAAAGACAAAACCGGAGGGAAGAAAUUCUCCAAGGAGUUCGAGGAGGCCAGUGCCAAGCUGGAGGAGUUUGUCAAUAGCCUGGACAAGCAGCUGAAGGACGGCCCUUCGCUGACGGAAGUGCUGGAGAACGCCGGCAUCUUCUACGAAGCCCAGUACAAGGAGGUCAAGGUGGUGGCCAAUGCUUACAAGACCUUUGCCAACCGAGUGAACAACCUCAAGAAGAAACUGGACCAGCUCAAGGCCACCCUUCCUGACCCAGAGGAGUCGCCCGUUCCCUCGCCCAGCAUGGACGCCCCCUCCCCCACAGGCUCCGAGUCCCCCUUCCCGGGGAUGGGGGAAGAAGACGCCGCCCCCCCCUCGCCCAAGGCCGCAGGGGCCAAAUCUCCCUUGCCAGAGCUCGCCACAGACAAUCGGGACGUGGAGGACAUGGAGCUCUCCGACGUGGAAGAGGAGCCCCCCAAAAUUAUCGUGGAAGAGAGAAAAGAAAAGCCAGCAGCUUCUACCCCGGCCCCCGCCAAGAUGCCCGAGAGCAACCCCAAGGCUUCACCACUGACGCCGGCCACCCCAUCAGCCUCUGGAACACCCCCAGUGGCUGCACCCGUGAUGGCGCCCACUCCCAUCACUCCUCCGGCCCCCAAGCCGGCGAGCCAAACCCCUCUUCCUCCGUCACCUGCUCUUGCUUUGCCAAACCUGGCCAACGUGGACCUGGCCAAGAUCAGCUCCAUCCUCAGCAGCCUGACUUCCGUCAUGAAGAACACAGGGGUCAGUCCUGCCUCGAGGCCUUCCCCCAGCACCCCAACGAGCCCCUCCUCUCUCAUGGGCGGCUUGAAGACUCCAGUGACAGGACCUCUGGGGACGUCACCCAACCCCUUGGCCAGCAUCCUCUCCAAAGUGGAGAUCACCCCAGAGAGCAUCCUGUCCGCACUCUCCAAGAGCCAGGCCCAGGCCGCUCCGGGCUUGCAAGGUUUGUCCUCAUUUCUUCAGAGCGUUGCUGGGAAUUCGGGCCAGCCCAACGAGACGGGCCCCCAGAGCUCAUCUCCGGCCCCAACAAACACCCCGACGGCUUCUGGGAAGGGAAAGAACGUCUUGUCCACCACGCAGCCCUUCAUGCCGCAAAGCCUCAGCUAUUCUCCGAAUUCCUCCUCUUCAGCCGAGGUUUCCUCCACCUCGGUCAACAAGAUGCCCGCUGCACACAGCCCCGGGCUCUCUGGGUCCGGCUUCAAGCCCCCCAUCAAUUCCCUGGGCUUUGCCAGCUCCCAGGCUCCCAGCCCAUCCCUCCGGCCGGUUGAGACCCCAACCCCUCAGUCCUCAGAGAUCUCGGAGACCAAGAUGGAGCCAGAGCCCACGUCACCCAGUCUUGAGAUGAAGAUCCAUAACUUCCUGAAGGGGAAUCCGGGCUUCAGCGGCCUGAAUCUGAACAUCCCCAUCCUGAGCAGCCUCGGCUCGUCCAACCUGCCGCCGGAGAGCCAUUCCUCCUCCUCUCCAGAUUUCAACCGGGGGCCCACCAGCACUUCGAUGGACAGCAUAGACGGCACUCCGGUGCGUGACGAACGGAGCGGGACGCCCACGCAGGAUGAGAUGAUGGACAAGCCGUCCUCCAGCAACGUGGACACCAUGUCCCUGCUCUCGAAGAUCAUCAGCCCCGGCUCUUCCACCCCAAGCAGCACCAGAUCGCCCCUCCAGAGCCGGGACGACAGCUACCCACAGGAGUUGCCCAAUUCCGCCUACAGGCCUUUCGGUCUGAGCCGGGAUUCCCCUGCCGGGAUGUACAAGCCGCCCCCGGACAGGAUUGAGCUGCCAUCCUCGCUGAUGGACUCCCCCCAGGAGAAGUUCUACCCCGACACCUCCUUCCAGGAGGACGAAGAUUACCGCGACUUUGAUUACCCCGGUCCACCACCCUCCGCCCUGAUGAACCUGGAGAAGCAGCCGGCCAAAUCCAUCCUGAAAUCGGAUCAGAGCUCCGGAAGGAAAGUGGGAUUGAAGCAAGGGCCCCACUCUGUAACCGUUCAAGUAUACAGUCCACAAGAAGGUGAACCCCCCCCCCAUUCCAUCACACCCCUGUUCUCAUCCUGCCUCCGUUUCCCUCUUGUUGGUUCUGAUGCUGCUUCUCUCUUCUGCCCCCUCGUCUUCGCUGGGUCCAUCACAGUCUCUCUCUCUCUUGCUCUCUCUCUCGCUCUCUCUCGCUCUCUCUCGCUCUCCGGCUAAUCUUUCUUUUCUUUUUGCAGUCUUGUAGGUUUUUGAGAGUUCUCAGGCCCGUCUCCAGUCGCUGAGGACCAGAAUUCUCUGAUGGACUCAAUUGCUUUUGCCUGGUCUGGAGACAGGAGACCGGAAGAUGGGCAGUAGCCAGGCCCUCCUCUGCCUUUUCUUGGGGUGAGGGGGCUUGUCGCUCGCUUGUGGGAGCAGAACGGGGGAGAGAGGGCAGGGCAGGGCAGGUCCUAUGGGGCAAAGCCACCUUCUCCCCCUUGCCCAAACUAGGUUUUGCUUGGUUGGAGGCCUCUGUUCCUCUUCCUUCCCCAAAGAAACCUUAGGAGUGGGCUGGCUUCAGUCAGGAGGUCGAAGCUGCUGAUUGGGAAUGAAACUCGAUCCCCAAGGAAUCCCUCUCCCUCUUUACACCCCCCUGGGACCAAGAAGCAUCUCCUCUGGAACUGUCGGGUGCAGGUAGCGAGUCUUCUUCGGAAGGAAGGGUGCGUGGGUGGAAGCCACCGUUCCCCUCAGAGGCCUGCGGAUAAGGGGGCCCACCGAAGGAAGUUCUCCUUUGUGUUUUAAAAGAGCUUUUCUUCUCCCCCUUGGAUUUUCUCCUUCCUUCCUUUCUUCCUUUCUUUAUGGAAAAAAAUCCCCAAACCUCCAACUCUCUUAAUAGUGUAGUUUUCCCCCUGCCCUUUAAUCAACAGGAAUCCGGUAUUUAGAAAAUGAUAGUUCAGUUGUGCCAUUGCACGUGUAUUUCAGCACUGGUGUUUACAAUAAGAUGUACAGUUUUGAUACACUGAGUGAAUUUCAGAAUUCCUGAAUUUAUUUAGACACAACCCCCCCCCCCCACCACCACCACCCUUUUCUUUUUCCUGUUGUAAACCUGGGCAAUUCUUACAUUGACUUUUUUUUAAAAAAAAGCAAUUUUCUCUUUGUUUCUCCUUGUAUGAAGUCAGCUUCCCGUAGCCCAUAUUUUGCAGUUGGUUUUUUUCUAAGUCAAGCACAUCUGGAAGAAUUGAACCCAUUAAGAGUCCGGUUUCCCAUAGCGGUAGGGGACUGUUAUUUAUAUGUAAAUUGUUUUGAGGUUCGUAGUAGGAAACAGCUUGAUUUUUCAGUUCUGUCCUAAGCUAAUUCUACCUGUCUGUUGAACGAGUGCUUAAUAUCCACCCCUUCCCCACAUACAUGGUCUGGAGGUCCUGGGAAGGGGGGGGGCUCUGAUAACUGGCUUUAGUUUAUGUUUUUUUCCCCUUAGUUUGGGCCUGAUGCUUUCCUGGAAAAAAAAACCCCGUUUUUCUCACUGAGCUCCAAAAAUUCAGCAACGUGGCUGAUCUGUACAGCUCUGCUCUACUGCAUGACUGCGGCACUCCUGAUACAGGCUUCAGCUUUAGUUGUGGGGGCUUUUGGGGAGCUGGGAGAGAAGCCCACAUAUGCUCUAUGUAAACUCAUUGAGGCUAAGAGUUUCCCUGCCCUAAAUAGGUUGGCAUCUCAGCUUUCGGAUGCAAAUGGCUUGAUGCCAGAUGAGCAAAAGCACUUGCUGUCCUCGGGGUGCCCCUUAUUUCGGACCCCCUUUCUCCUGGCAGUUUUGUGGAUCUUUGGGGCAUGGUGGGCUCUUGUGACUUGGACUGGGUUAGUCCAAAGGGCUCCUGGUUCUUAAAAUUGCCACCCAAAAAUAGAGAAGCUUUUGGGCAAUUGGCAGGGAUAGAAUGGAAAAAGUUGAUAGCUGGUGAAAAAGACAAAAUACUUUAAUGGUAAAACUGUGUCGUCUUCUCCCCCUCCCCCCCUCCUUUGUCACUUUCUUUUGUCCCUGGGUUUCGUGCUUUCACUUUUAAAUCGUUCACAGUUAACGGACGGGCAGCAAACGCCUGUAGUGUAGCAAGACAAACCAAGUUUCUUUGGAAGGAGGGGGCGCUUCCUGGUCUGGCUCGUUUUGCCUUUGCUUCGCUUUUCUUUUUGUAUUUCACUUGAGGGGGGCCGGAGGGGGGAGCUGGAGGACAACAAAAAUGAAAAUUUGCAGCAUUUCCCUGUUUUCACAGAGAACCGCCAGCGUCUCUGGGAAGGAGCCGAGAGGCAGGGGAUUGGGCCCAUCAGAGACGGGAGCUUUCAAGGGCGGUUUUAUGGAGCCCCCUUCCACCCAAGUAGGUCUCUUUGGAGAUCACUUUGGGGGGAGGCUUGGAUAUCAGCAGAGCAGAGAGGGAUGCCUGCAGGGCAAUCUUUAAAGCGCGGGGGGGGUGGGGGUUCAGAGAACAAGCAAGCCCAGCCUUUGCUGCCCUUUGGAAAACACUGUAAAUAACCAUUGCUGUGCUUUUUAUUUUUGUGCCUGUUUAAAGCGCUGGGUAUUGUGUUGGCUUGACUUACUUUCCAGUGUUUUCUUGUGUGUGUGUGGGGGGGGGUGGUGGUAGAAAACAGGGAGGGAGACUCCAGAAACUUUGUGGGAAACAGCAGUCUCUGCAUUGUACAUGAAUACAUUUAAUAAAAUGACUAGUUUGAAGGUUUUGAUAUUCUUCUUGUAAAUAAGGUCUCCAGUAGGUACGCAAGGCUACCCCUGUGGCCGGAGAGCAGAGCCUGCCUUCCCUCCCUCGCUUUGCAGAGUAGAAUUCAAGCCGGAAGUUCCCUCGCCCGCCGGAGAAGACCUGCAAAGGCAUGAAGUGGCAGUGAGGGGGGGGGAGCAGAGAGCCGGCACAGAAGGAAGACACGCGGGCAGCCCACCAGCACAAGAUCCACAGAUCCACGUUUCCCGGGGAGUUUAGACUGUUCUGAUUUGUGCAUAUUGUCUAUAGUUUGGGAAAGGGCUUAGAAAGGGUGUCGUUUACAAAGUGAAGCGAGGCACCUUGGAGGAAACUCGAUCGCCUUCCUUCCCUUAUUUUUGUACUGUAUACUAAUAAAGUGUUCUUGACCU